AGUUCAGAAGCUAUGCGAUAAAAUAAACACCAACGUGGCCAAAAACUACAAUACACGGAAUUCCCAAACUCUGUGUGCGUCGUACUCUCCCAUUUGACAGGUAGAGACACCAGUGUUGAGGAAUUUGCCAAACAGACUGUCACUACGAGCAAGGACAAGAUAAUCAUGGGUGACAGUAGUUGCAGCAACGGGACCCACCACUCGGUGGCGGUGCAGUCAGACCCACAGCUGUUUGAGGCCCAGUUUGAGGAGCUGGUGACCGAGCUCACAGAGCAGGACUUCACAGACUCUGUCCUCGCUGACGCUCUCAUCAGACUCAGAGAGGUGUUGCAUUACAACACUCCUGGAGGAAAAAGAAACAGAGGUCUGUCUGUGAUUGGCUCUUUGAGGGAGCUUGUUCCUUCCACUGAGCUGACCCAGGAUGCUGUGCGACGGGCCCUGCUGGUUGGCUGGUGCAUUGAGCUGCUCCAGGCUUUCUUCCUGGUAGCUGAUGACAUCAUGGAUGCUUCAGUGACUCGGAGAGGUCAGCCCUGCUGGUACAAGAGGGAGAGAGUGGGUCUAGAUGCCAUCAAUGAUUCCUUCCUCCUGGAGGGAUCCAUCUACAGACUACUGCGCAGACACUGCAGGGCACAGCCCUACUACGUACACCUAUUGGAGCUCUUCACUGAGACGUCCUUCCAGACCGAGCUGGGCCAGGCACUGGACCUGAUGACUGCUCCUCCUGGUCAAGUAGACCUCAACCGCUUCACCAUGGAGAGAUAUAAGGCCAUAGUAAAGUACAAGACUGCCUUCUACUCCUUCUACCUCCCUGUGGCAGCAGCCAUGUACAUGGCGGGCAUCGACAGUGAAGAGGAACACAACAACGCCAAACAUAUCUUACUGGAGAUGGGAGAGUUCUUCCAGAUACAGGAUGACUACCUGGAUUGCUAUGGCGACCCGGCGGUGACAGGGAAGAUUGGAACAGACAUCCAGGACAACAAAUGCGGCUGGCUGGUGGUGACCGCUCUAGGGGUCAUGACCCCGGAACAAAGGACAGAGCUGGAGUCAUGUUAUGGUCGGCAUGACAGUGUGGAGAAGGUGAAAGCACUGUACAACACCCUACAGAUGCCCACCCUGUACCACCAAUACGAAGACGACAGCUAUCAGCGCUUACAGAAACUCAUCGCGCGUCACGCCCAAAACCUUCCACACGCAGUUUUCCUCAACUUCGCCAAGAAAAUCUACAAGAGAAAUAAGUGAAGACUAUGAUGAGAAUACUGUUUUUAUUUAGUGUGUGUUGCACUGUAGCUGGACUGAGGGCAAGUUGGUGUGGCUGCUUCCAUUUUGGUCCCUUGCUCCUACCCCUUCAGUAGGGGUUAAGGGCUAGGGCAGGGCUCUCCAACCCUGGUCCUGGAGAGCUACCAUCCUGUAGGUUUUCGCUCCAACCCUAAUCUAACGCACCUGAUUGUAAUAAGAGUGGAAACCUACAGGAGGGUAGCUCUCCAGGAACAGGGUUGGGGAGCCCUGGGUUAGGUUAAGGGUCUAGGGACCUAAAUAGAACAAGGCUUUAGUUUGGACUGUGAGAGAACCUGGUUGAGGCCAGUCAGUCUUAAACCUGGUCUUCACGGACCACUGUGUGCCCAUUAUUUUUCUUCUCCAUAAUAUGAUUUUCAAUUAUGUACAGAAUAACUGAUUACUCAAACUGGGAAUACCAUGUCAUCAAAAAAAGUAUGUCUGAUACAAUCUCUUUAUUUAUUGAUGAUGACGCAAGUAUAACAUCAUGUCACUGUUAGGAACUGUCUGCUCUAGAAUCCUGUGGAUUUGAUGAUGGCAGGGAGUGACAUCAUUAUUGGUUGAUGAUCACAUCAAUCAGGAUGACAACCUGGGGCCCUGUUUACCAGAGGGCUCUGGUCUCUACCGGCAGAGGGCUCUGGUCUCUACCGGCAGAGGGCUCUGGUCUCUACCGGCAGAGGGCUCUGGUCUCUACCGGCAGAGGGCUCUGGUCUCUACCGGCAGAGGGCUCUGGUCUCUACCGGCAGAGGGCUCUGGUCUCUACCGGCAGAGGGCUCUGGUCUCUACCGGCAGAGGGCUCUGGUCUCUACCGGCAGAGGGCUCUGGUCUCUACCGGCAGAGGGCUCUGGUCUCUACCGGCAGAGGGCUCUGGUCUCUACCGGCAGAGGGCUCUGGUCUCUACCGGCAGAGGGCUCUGGUCUCUACCGGCAGAGGGAAUGGACUAGAGCAGGAAGCUGCCUGAAAGGAACAAUCCUGCUGUCUCUCUCACCAUGUUCUUUGUAUUUUGUUUUCUCUGUGUGUAAUCAUCUCUUUCUAAUUACUACUGUACAUCUAUCUACCUGCUGCUGACAAUAUGGCAUCUUAUUGCUUUUAAUAAAGAAAUGUGACCAACA